GCCACACAGUUCGACACGUUGCCACAUUUAGCCACGUACGUGCGCUCGUUCCGGAGCCAUGGCGCGCACCGUUGGCUGCCUGUGGCUGCUCCUCUCGUGCUGGUGCGGCCUCGCCGCCGCGGCGCGGCCGGCGGCGCCGUCGGCCGCCGCGGGCGUGGGCGGCGGCAACAACGCGAGCUUCGUCAAGGCGUGGUGCGCGGGGACGGAGUACCCGGCGCUGUGCGACGCGACGCUCUCGCCGUACGCGGCCGCGGUGGGGGACAGCCCGGCGCGGCUGGCGUGCGCCGCGCUGAACGUGACGCUCGCCGGCGCGAGGAACGCGACGGCGGCCAUGAGGGGCAUGGCGGCGGCCGGGCGCCUGCCGACCGUGGCGGCGGAGGCGGCGGGGGACUGCGUGAGCAUGCUCGGGGACGCCGUCGGCAUGCUGAGGCAGUCGGUGGAGGCCAUGGCGCAGGUCGGGGCGGAGGCGGAGCAGGGCCACCCGCAGGAGAGGACGGUGAGGUUCCAGGUGGACAGCGUGCGGACGUGGGCCAGCGCGGCCCUCACCGACGGCGACAUGUGCAUGGAAGGGUUCCGGGGAGAGGCCGCCGGCGGCGGCGGCGUCAGGGAGGCCGUGCGCGGCCACGUCGCGGGCCUCCUGCACCUCACGGCCAACGCGCUUUGCAUCGUCGGCGCCAUGGCCAACCAAACGGCGCCGCCAUAGCCGCCGGGAAAUAUACAUGCCUUGUGUGUGCUUCAUCUCCUUUUUUUUUUUGCCAUUGCCACGUGUUAGAAGCUCGAAGUGUGACAUGUUUUCCCUUGUACACAGUACGUGCAAAUAUCUCGUGUACGUGUGACCUGUCGUCAUGGACUCAUGGUAUGAUCGUACGGCCACGGCCACGGCACACAAGGCCUCCGACAUCAUCUGCGUGCUCGUCCUGCGUUUUACUUGAACAAAAAUGAAAGAUCUAGCUUUGUUGGUCCAGCAAAGAAAGUAUAGAGAUUAUAAUAAGGAAUGUAGAAAACAUGGGGGAUGAUUCUUGGAAUCAGGGUACACUGGAACUUACUUCA